UCUUCUCUCUUCCUCCUCUCUCUCUCACACCUCGCGGCCGCUGCUCCGUUUCACUCGCUCGCUCGUCCCGCGUGUUUUUUCACGAGCGAAUACGAGAAAAAAGGAGAAUCGCCGCGCGAGUGAUACCACCGCGCGCGAAAGAGACACCGGAGAGAACGAGAUCGGACUAGCCGCGAGUUUGUGUUUUUGUUUAUCACGGACGGACCGCACCGGUAAUUACACGCCGUGCUGCCGCCGAUCCGCGAGAGGAAGUUGCAAGUGGACGCCCAUCGGAAGGACGAUUCGUCGCUGGAGGCGACUCGAGAAAGAUCGUUAUGUCGUUCGGGAGUCAUGGCUUUCGGUUUUGUGAGAAAAGAACAAAUUUCGUAGCUUGAACUGAGCGUCGUGCUGCUUGAAUUCGCGCGAGAAAUUACCGUUCUGGGAAAUUUCGUUCGGGGAGAAAAGAGGAAAGGAAGAAAGCUUUUGAAGAAGAGACGCCCGGAGGAAACCCGAAGAAAUAAAAGGUGGAGAUAAACGAUGGACCAUGAGGAAACGCAGUGUCGGCUGGUAGUAGACGAGUGGUCGGCCACGCUCGCAGCCUAUCAUCGGUCGCCGUUGUCGACGCAUUCCCGGUAUAUCCAAUCUCGAAGCAAGUGGCAGGUGUCGUGUGUGACGGCAGACACGAGCUCGACAGGUGCGAUAAUCGAGGGUGGCCCGGUUGUUGCCGCCGCCGGGCUGGCGAUGCGACGAUGAGCUCGCCGAGGGUGCUGCUACCCCUCCACACCCGACCAAAGCCCCGCGUAAUAGCAAGGCCGGGUAGUCUCGAGAACUGCAUCAACGAGGCCGAGCGACGAGGAGCGGCUGGCGGUUCAAGGCCGAAACUAUUCGCGUGGCCAUGGACCACGAGGCGAGGAACGGAACCGGCAGCAACGACAACGAGGAGUACAUCAAUAUUUACUUCAUCGUCGGCGACCGCAGGGAGACAACCACUUACAAGGCGAACCAGGUCACGGACAUGGAACUCAAGGAUCGUUGGCGCUCACCCCGCUUCUUCGAGAGUGAUUGAGGCGGAGGUACUUUGGGCUUUGGAGAGGCGCGUAGCGACUUUAGAACGGCAGCUGCGAGAGCAUCAGGAAGCUUUAUACGCCACACCCUCUUUCGCCCUGCGAGAACUCAAACGCCAAGUGGACAGCUUCAAGAACAAAUUGGAGAACAACGAUCAGCUGAGCUGGCUUAGUUUCUACAAGCAACUUUCGGAGCCCAUCUAUAUGGAUUCCUGCCGCAGAUUGCAGUAUCGUCGGAAGAGCGAUAGCAUGAAGCGGAAAGUUCGGGAGAAGUUCCUCAAUAUCUGCGACGUAUCGAUCUCGUCGAGCGUUCGCGAGUGGUUACGCUCGCCAGCCUUCGACGCGCGACAGUGGGAAGACGAGGAGCUGCUGCUGAUGCUGCAGACGAUGUUCGUCGAGCUCGACCUACCUCAAAAAUUCAACAUUCCCUUGCCGAUCCUGAGGAAUUUUCUCUAUGAGGUCUACAAUAACUACAACGAAGUGCCGUUUCACAAUUUCAGGCACUGCUUCUGCGUCGCGCAAAUGAUGUACGCGAUAGCUUGGGCGGUGGAUCUCCCGUCGAAAAUCGGCGAUCUCGAGGUUCUCAUAUUGAUCGUCUCCUGUAUCUGCCACGAUCUCGACCAUCCGGGCUAUAACAAUAUCUACCAGAUAAACGCGCGGACCGAGCUGGCGCUGCGCUACAACGAUAUCUCGCCCCUGGAGAAUCACCAUUGCUCCGUGGCAUUCCGGGUUCUGGAGGCGCCUGAGUGCAAUAUCCUCGCGUCUUUGGACAAUUCUACGUACAGAAUAGUGCGCGAGGGCAUCAUAAGGUGUAUCCUGGCAACCGACAUGGCCCGGCACAACGAGAUCCUCGGCCAAUUCACCGACAUCACUCCCGAAUUCGAUUACACCAACAAGGCGCAUAUAAAUCUGUUAUCCAUGAUCCUGAUCAAAGUGGCUGACAUAAGCAACGAGGCACGACCGAUGGAAGUUGCGGAACCGUGGCUGGAUAGGUUGCUUCAAGAGUUCUUCAAGCAGAGCGACGCGGAGAAACUCGAGGGUCUUCCGGUCACGCCUUUCAUGGAUCGCGAUAAAGUGACCAAGCCGUCCUCCCAGGUUAGCUUCAUCGGCCUAGUCCUUCUUCCUCUCUUCGAAGCUCUCGGCGAACUUCUACCUGAGCUGCAGACUCUCAUAGUUCAACCAGUCAGGGAAGCUCUGGAAUAUUAUCGCAGGCUGAACGAGGCGGCUAAAGACGAGCGUCAUCAUCGGAAGAGUGUUGUGGACGUCGGAGAAUCGGCUCCGUGCAACGCGUCAACCGGCGGUUACUCGUCUACCGUCGUUAAAUCUAUGUCGUCGCACAGCAUGCGCUCCAAAAGGUCCGCCACGACAAUCCACUCACGUUCACGUUCCACCGACGAAGAUAUCACAGAGAACCUGAUGAUGGAAGAUGCGGAAAAUGUCGAGAGCUCCGAUCCGGAGACAGCCACGGAAGUGGAGAUCAGCGAGAAGACACUCAAGUUUAAGAUAUCCACGGAGGGCACGCUGACCGGUUCGAACACCGGUCGGAAGAGUUACCCCGGCAGCCGAAAGGGUAGUCGAGAAAAGUCUUCAUUGGAUUAUCAUAAUCAUGAUCUGGCCAAGGCUAUUCGAGAUCAUGAGCGUGAGAGGAGACGCAGCAGGGGCGAGAAUCUUGGCAGUGAUCUGAGCUCGCCGGUAAGCGCGAGGUCUGCUGAGGGUACGCGCAUUCUCGAAGAGAUGGAGAAGGAAACGGUAGAUGCCAAGAUUGAGAAUAAAACACCGGAGGGAAACGGCAAUGUCGUCGCGGCGGAGGCCCGCUUGCAGCCGAAGAACAACGUGAAAAAAACCAGCAAUGUUAUAGAGAACGAUCAGGAGAACAGAUCCAGCCGCAGGGAUGCGCACAGUAGUCGGGAAUCGAUCGGUCUGCGAUGUUGCUGCGACGACAAAACUGGGCCGAAUAACAAAUCUCUACUCUCACGACUGAAGAACUUUACGGACCGCAUCAGUAUGAGCUUCGAUUCCAAGGAUUCGCCUAGUCCGAAACCGAAACACACGUCAAAGAUGCUCAACAAGAGCAACUCGAUUAGUAGCAGUUCUGCCACAACCUUUGCGAGACACAAUAACUCUUUGUUUAUAUGCAAGCGCUGCAAUCUUGUCAAGUCCUCGGUGGACGGCAAGGCGGCUAUCGCGACUGUAGUGGAAUUCUCUUCUGUUGACAAAAGGGCAAUGACUUUACCAAAGGUUCGAAAGUCCGCAGACGGUAAGAGUAAGAGCUGGCGGACGGUAUUUGCCAAGGAAAAAAGAUCGUCUACUUCUUUGGAGGCCUUGCCAGCAGUCAGUUCUCGCUCGUUCUCCAAGCAUCGUAGAAACUUAUCGAAUCCCGAGAGCAAAUCGCAGAGUAUGAAGGAAAAGACUCGACAAGCUUUGGACAUUGAGUUUCAGGAGAUUGAUGUACGUCCAAAGAAACAGCAACAUCCUGAAAUUAUAGUCAAUCCCGACAAUACUUGUUGCGAAAUCGAAGAAGAUCUCGGUAAGGUGGAGAUCAGAAGAAGUUCGGCUAGCAUGGAGGAUAUUUCUAAAAUGGCGAAACAAGCAGCGGAGGCUGCAGUAUUGGGUGCUUUGAAUCCUAAUAGGACGGAAGAACGUCCUCACGGUAGCUUAGAUUCGAUGCUUUGCAAGGAAGUGUCCAAGUCACGGAAGAAGCAAUCUGUAUUUUGCUCGCCUGCUACGACGAAGAAGUCGUCACCUGGACUAUUCUCGCGAUUUAAAUCCGGUAUGAGUAUCGACAGCACUCGAAGCAACAGCAACAGCGAUUCCUUGCACGAUCACGGUUCGCAAAGUGGUUGGAUAUCCUCAUUAACGGCCAGUUUCCGGCCGAAGAGACAUCCGAAUGAAACGCCGCUGUCGCCGCAUCCACCGAGGUCGCCCAGCAGAGAGGAGAUCAAGUGAUACGUCCUUGUGGUCGAGGAUUCCUCUGAUAAGAAGCUUAGUCUCCGCGGCUGGUGGCCUGAGAACUUGUUCUGCUGCAACAGCUAAAACUCGAGCAAGAAAGUUCAAUGUUUAAAGAGGCUAAAUUAGAAUCAAAAUCCGAGCAUACUUGCUAACAUGUCUAUAACGCGCGAAAAAAACUAAUAAAAUGAUUUUUAAAAGAUUUUUUAAGAGAUUUAAAUUUUCUAACGCAAGUAUUAUCUCACGUGCUAUUAAUUAUCGGAUUGAUAAUUGCGAUGGAUAAUGCUCCAAUUGAACGCGUCGAUGAUAUUUAAUAAAUCUAUUUUGCGAAAUAAAAUGUACCAUAAAUUCUCGCGAGUAAUUCGCAACGAUCAAUAUCGCAACGCAUGCAAUGUAAUAUACGAAUUAAAUAUUUCUCCGUAUAAUAUUAACGGUCAAUUUGAAUGAACAUAUUUUGCUCGAGUAUUUAUCAAGAGAAUAUUAGAUACCUCAUAUAAUUCUUGAUCGAAUUAAAUUCUUCUUGCGGAGGGAUCUUCAGACCAUAAUUUCGUGUUAUUGAUUCUGAGUGUUUUACGUCACGACGAUCGAAGUCACAGAGAUCGAGAUACUUUAUUUACGAGGGACAUCUACGGCCUGUGGAAUAUAAAAGGAGAUGUACACUAUAUAUAUAUAUGUAGACUAUUUUAUUUAUUGUCCAAUUAAAAAAUAGCCUAACGAGUAAUGAUUAAUAUGUUGUCCGUU